AUGUCCAGGGAGCAACUAAUGGAUAUGUAUUGUGCUCGCCAACGACGAUCGUUCAAUCGCGGGGUUAAACGCAAGCAUAAUGCUUUGUUGAAAAGAUUACGUAAGGCAAAGAAAAAUACUCCGGCUCUUGAAAAACCUGAAGUUAUAAAAACUCACCUUCGGAAUAUGGUUAUUGAACCAGAGAUGGUCGGAAGCAUGGUUGGCGUUUAUAAUGGAAAGGUGUUCAACCAAGUGGAAAUAAAGCCGGAGAUGAUUGGCCGAUAUUUGGGUGAAUUCAGCAUCACAUACAAACCAGUGAAGCAUGGACGACCCGGUAUUGGUGCAACACACUCAUCUAGGUUCAUACCACUCAAAUAA